AUGUUUAACUUCUCCCUCUCGAGAAGCUAUGGGUCUUCAAAGACAGGGAGGAGAACAAGAACUGGAAGAUCCAAAACCAUAAAAACAAAAAAAACCACGAGAAAGCUCAAUGAUCUGGCCAUUAAAUCUCUUCCAAAAGAAUUGUUGGUCGAUGUUCUUGCUCGGGUUGCCUCCUCUUCCUUUACAGAUCUCUUCAACGCCAAGUUAUGCUGCAGAGAUUUUCUUGGAGCAGCAGAUGAAGAUUAUAUCCUUGAACACGUAUCGAUCAACAGAUUCCCAGUGAUUCCGUGGUUCACAAGGGAUGAAGUCGUCGCCUUCUUAAAUCGCUGCAAGGAUAAUGGAAACCCUGAGGCACUCUACAGACAAGGCCUGGUUGAAUAUUUUAGUUACAGGAGAAUGGAAUCAGGACUAGAGUAUCUCAAGAGAGCAGCAGAUAAGGGACACAUAGAAGCAUCAUAUGUGUAUGGUAUUAUCCUACUGUGCACUGGUGGUGAAUCAACUCAACAGGGCCUAAAGCUUCUAAAUGCAGUGAAGAGUUCAAAAUCAAAUAGUUUGAGGAUACAAGAGUGUCGGGUAAGAACGAAAGCGAUUAUUCGAACAAUGUGGAUCAACAAUUAUCUUGUUAGACAAACAAACACUUGUUGCCAUGAACAACCUUGCAUUAGAAUGGAACGAACAUGGGAUUGUAAUGAAGACAACGAUGUUUUGCUCUGUGAUGCAUGUAGGUGGGAUCAAGAAGUGAUUGCAUUUUGUAAAAUGUUGCGUGGUAUUGCUGCAUAGAUACAAACAAACUUUGUCAUCAUUUACAGUGGUGUACUAUAGACAGCAUGA